GAAUAUAUCAGCUGUUGCCGCAAGGCUCAGGCCUAACUCACAGCUGCGCAGAUCCUGCUCGUUUGACAGCCCGGGAACAAGAGAAAGAACAAUGGCCUCCGCUCCCUUAUAUGGGCAGGGGUGGGGUGAAUCUGAUUGGUCCGAACAUCUGUCAUUCACUGUUACACAGUGUGAUGGGAUUGACUACGUCACAGGGACCUCCAAAUGUCCUUAAGAAGAAAUACCAUAGAGUUCACCUGACCACGUGACCCGCAGGUCCUGCUACACUAUAGACAGGAAAUACUGAACUCCUCUUGAACUUUUGGUCCCGGCUCCCCUAACAUUCUACCAGCUUCUGCUCAGCCAUUCACAUAGCUGCGCAGGGGAGCGUGACGUCAUCGGAAACUGACAGAACAGAAGUACAGCCAGGACAGGAUGAUCGAGCAGCGAGAGAGAGGAGCUCCAUUAUCAUCUCAACACUUGGGUGUUUCCAGGCCAUUGACUGAAGGUGAUAUUGCUUUGCCACCUGGACGCAAUGCAAGAAAAUGUUCUUCCUGCAAAUGGAGUAUAGUGGACGGAGUAGUCAACGUGCCCAUCGUCUUGAACUCAGGUUUCACUGAUUCAGAUAAAACAUUUAUUCGAUCGGCUUUGGAAGAGUUUUCUACUGUGACCUGCAUCCGAUUUAUAGACAGAUCUUCUGAGAAGGACUAUAUCACUAUACAAAACAACACAGGCUGCUGGUCCGUCAUUGGAAAAUUUGGGGGCGUACAGACAUUAAACCUUGAGUCACCGUCAUGUAUGAAGUAUGGUGUGAUCCAGCAUGAAGCCAUGCAUUCUCUGAGCUUCUUCCAUGAACACACCCGGCCGGACCGAGACAACUUUGUGGACAUUAUGUGGAACUACAUCUCCCCAGAAAAUCAAGCAGAUUUCAAGAAGAACGAUAGAAACACUCUGCAACUUCCUUAUGACUAUAACUCUGUCAUGCAUUACGGCAGAUAUACAUUCAGUAACACCAGUUUAAAGCCAUCAGUUGUCCCCAAACCGGACCCCAUGGUAUUCAUUGGACAAAGAGAUGGACUCAGCGGUCAGGAUGUGGCCAAGAUAAACAAGUUUUACGCUUGCAAUCUCUGCCGGACUAAGUUCCUGGGGCCAUCAGGAAACUUCUCCUCCAUCAAUGCGUCCACGCCGCGGGUCAAUGACAGCUGCAUCUGGCUUCUUCAUGUUCCUAUAAGCAAGGUUUUUCUGCGCUUUACAUCAUUCAGCUCUUCAUCCAAAAAUUGCAACGCUAAAAUUAACGUGUACGACGGAGUCAGCAAAGCAAAACCCAUUCUGGCAACUAUCAGGCCCAACGAGACUUAUCCCGUGUUCAUAUCAUCAGGACCAUUCAUGGUGGUGGAAUACGUACCCAUUAAGUCCUGUGCCAGCAGCUUUUAUGCCUCAUAUGAGACAGUGAUGUAUGGCAACACUUAUACUGCUUACAAUGGUUCUGUGGUCUCCCCAAAAUAUCCAAGCUUCUAUCCCAGCAGUGCCAAGGACAUUUCUGUCAUCAUAGCUCCCAUUGGGUUCAAGGUGUCUGUGAACUUCACAUUGUUCGACAUCGAGUCCUCUCCGAAUUGCACCAGUGACGUCUUGUUGAUUAGAAAUGGCGGAGAUAUCAACUCAUCCGUCCUCGGCAAAUAUUGCGGCAGGAAAACCACGUUAAGCUUGCUGUCCUCUGGGCGAAUGAUGCUAUUCCAGUUCUCCAGCGACACCCAGACCAACAGGAAAGGCUAUAAGGCAGAUUAUACAUUUGUGUCAUCAAAGUGAGGAACAGCAGAGGGAAUCGAACAAUAGAGUCACACCCUGUGGUUUUAUAAAGAAACGGGAAUGGACACCUAUUGGAGAAGAAAUGUGAACAUCCAGUUUGGAGACCUAAGGUUAUAUGAAACUACCCUACAUGUACAUAUAUUGUUCAAUGUUGCCCACAAAGAUCAAAGCAAAUGACAUGACCUUUUUCUUUUCUAUGCAGAUUUAUUUUUUAAGAUAUAGCCGUCAGUAGCUUUGUAUCACUCAUAGUCUACUGCAAAUAAAAUUGUAAAAUUAUUUCUGCUUGCAGCCUCUACUAGGGGGAGCUAAAGAGCUAAAUGCAUACAACUAAUAAAAUAAACCUCCAAAAAUGCAGCAUGCAGUAAACGACCCCUAGUGGUGGUUCUAGGUAGACACAAAAUUAUAGUUUCCAAGUACAGAUUCUGCAAUUCUGUAAUAUUGGUUAUAAUAUAGAUGUAUUGCAGAAAAAAUGCUUGUAAAAUAUUUCAAAGACAUUGUCCCUGUAUGACCCUGGUCCAUUUUAUUGUA